AUCUAUUUGAACUGCUACUGGCCAUAACUAGCUACGUAGGCAGGCCUUUUGACCAUUGAUGUUGGCAAGCUAGCUUGCUGAGUACUAACAAAGACCGGCUGAAACCGAAGAGUAUGAAGAUGGGCUAGAACUGCUUCUCCAAUAGAAAUCCCCGACCACACUUGUGGGCGAUGUCAUGGCGACGUUGGCUAGUUAAGCUCAUGCGUGUGAGUGCAGGCCGUCGAAUCAAAGCCAUUCCGAUAUGAAGUCGUUUUUUACUCAAUUCAAAUGUAAUUGUCACUUUCACGAGGUUGGAGUAUUAACAUGUUCACAUAUUUAAUACAUUGGCUCGAAUCUAGAUUGUGCGCUCAGAUUUCGAGAAAAUUAACUAAGGAAUCAUUUUUCACUUCUCAAACCUUGCCCCUCUGGGUUGGUAGCAGUGUUGCCAACUCGUUUUCAGGUCAUGGGGGAGGUUGAGUUGUCCUGUCUCGCCUAUGUGAAGAUGUACCUGCACGCCUGUCUGUUUCCACGGUGCAGUGUCAAUGGGCUGUUGUUGUCAUCCAGCCCAGCAGGUGGCGCUGUGUGUGUGACAGACUGCGUUCCCUUGCUUCACACUCACCUACCAUUAGCUCCCAUCACUCAGCUGGCUCUCACACAGGUGGAUGUAUGGUGUGCACAGACACAGCAGAGGAUUGUAGGUUACUACCAAGCCAACGCCUGUGUGUCAGACAGCAGCCCUACGCCAUGUGCAUUGAAGAUUGCAGACAAGAUCGCAGAGCAGUGUAACAAUGCAGUUUUGUUAAUGAUUGAUGGUGGAAAGAUGUCUCCUGACUACAGGGUGCCUCCCAUCGUGAUGUAUGAGCGAAAAGAUACCCGCUGGACCCUCAAAGACAAACACACGAUAAUGCUGCGGCAGUGGGAGGAGACUCGGGACAUAGCCAGUCAGCUGCUGGACUCUGGAGAUCACUCGUUAUUAGUUGAUUUUGACAGCCAUUUGGACGACAUCACUAGGGACUGGACAAAUCAGAAACUGAAUGCCAAAAUAGCAGAGCUUGUCUCACCAGCCAAUGGUAAUGUUUGAAAUAAGCUUGUAGAUAACUAACUUUUGAGUAACAUCUUUCAAAUUUAAAUAGUUGGAAUUAUAUACGGUAUGUCUUAAACCUGCUGAAACUACACAUAUUUAGUUAAGAAUCUUAUUUUUAUUAUUACCAUCUAACAGCCAAAUAAGCACAUCAUCCACGAUAAUUUCAAAACAUGAAAUAGAUUUUUAAUACGGUCAGGCAGAACAGUGACAACACAAGACAUGCAUAAAUAACUGAAAUAUUGACAGAUCUGUGCAGUCUUCCACCUAACAACAUUCUCAGUCCAGAGUGUGCCUUGUGUCAAACCCAGCAGCCAUGUUGUUAACCCGCUUACAACCAUUAACAAAGCCGUGCUCAUAGUUCAAUGGCUGCCAAUGGCAUCACAACAUUACGUACAUCCUGACCCACUGCUUUCAGAGUGUGUAAGCUUAUCAACUCAUUAAACUACAUCUACAAACUA